CAUGGCUUCGGAGGGCAGAGUCUAGGAGGGGGAUAGUGAGGGCUGAGGAUCCUCAGCAUUGCAGGACAGGCAGCUCAGCUGGAGGGCGUGGGGGUUCAGAAGCCUGAGCAGGACGCUGUCUCUGGGGACAGACUGGGAAAAGGUGCAGAGGCCUUUGGAGGAAGCUCGGGAAGAGCUGGGAAAGCAAUCGUGGACGGAGAUGCAGAGGAGAACUGGAGAUGACAAAUCUGCACUUGAAACCGGGGACAACCUUGAAGAUCAAGGGCAGGAUCGCAGACGGAGCUGACGGCUUUGUGAUUAACCUGGGCCAGGGGACAGAUAAGCUGGGCCUGCAUUUUAACCCACGCUUCAAGGAAUCCACCAUCGUCUGCAACUCCCGGGACGGCAGCUGGGGGAAAGAGCAUCGCGACAGUCACUUGUGCUUCAGCCCCGGGUCAGAGACCAAGGUGACCCUGGCCUUUCACAGUGACGAGUUCAAGGUGGAGCUCCCAGAUGGGUACGAGUUGACCUUUCCCAACCGGCUGGGCUACAGCCACCUGAGCUACCUGAGCGUCAAGGGGGGGCUCCAGGUCUCCUCUCUCAAGCUCAAGUGAGUGGCAGCAGUUACCGGAAGAAUCCAGCCCUCCACCCUGGUCCCCGACCCUGGUCUGUCACAGCCUUGGGUCCUGGAUCCACCCCCCACCCUUGACCCAGGUGUUUCCCGUUCCUGCUCCUCGGAUAUCGCUUUUUCCUCCCUCGAAGCCAAGAGCAAACAAAUAAAUAACAAAAAUCCACCUCCUGGA